GGCGGCAGUGGUGGUAGUCAGGCGCGGUUGGUCCCAGCGCCACACACACACACGUACACGCACACGGUCGUCGCUGCUCCUAAAUCUUUUCGUUCCCUUUCUCUUUCUCCUACUACUACUCCUCCUCCGCCUUCUGUUCCUCCACCACUUGCUCCUGCACCUCCUCCUGUUGCGGCUGUGUCGGGAGGAGCGGAGUAACAGAGAUAAGAGAGAGAGACCAGAAGAGAUCCUGAAAACUACUUCUCCCCGCCCUCCAACACACACACACGCACACACAUACACGCACACACACGUGGUCUCACAAGUUGUUCAGCAUCGUGUCACCAGCUCAAGAAGAUCCAGUGAACUUUUGUCAGUGCGGAGAGUGAGACAGUGAGUGACAGUGACAGUGAGAGAUACAAGAGACCGAGAAAGACAAAUAUACCAGUGUUGUGUGAUUCAUCGUGUACUUGUUCUAUGAGACGCGUGUACUACUGGUGUUUAUAAAAGUGGUGCCGUAACUGUUAUCGCUCAUAGGAUUACUGUUGUCGUUAUCAUCAUCCGUGGUGGUGGUGGUAGUGGUGUAGCUUCUGAGGCAACGUACCUAUCCUGCUGGUGUUGUUGGCGGCGAUAGUGGUGGUGGUGGUGCUAGUGGUGGUGGAAGUGGGCGUCUUGUUACUUACGCUCUGCCCUCCCUACGCACGUGCUUCAACUUUGCUUACGUUAACGCCACCAGGGAUUAUAGAGAACAGAAUGGCGGCGUGGGUGCUUGUGCUGGUGGCGGUAGCGGCGGCAGCGGGACAGGUCAUGGAGUCCCCAAUUUGCAGCAAGUGUGACUGUAUCACGACUAUACCCCUGGACGUGGACUGCACCAACACCAUGAUGAGCCAGAUCCCGGACAUGAGUAAAGAUGUCUUCACGCUGCCGGUGCGCCUCGACCUCUCCCAGAACGUGAUCCACCAAGUCGGCAAGUUCGCAAAUGUGACGCAGCUGGUGACCCUCGUAUUGAAGAAGAACCAAAUUGUCAGUAUAGCCGACGAAGCUUUCAUGGAUCUGCCCCACCUGAAGCAACUUGUUCUGCAGGGCAACAACCUCACGGGGAAGGCACUGAAGGAAAAUGUGUUUAAAGGAUACUACAACGACACACACCCAUUCCCACUGGGGCUGGAAGAGCUGGACCUGAGCUACAACUACCUGGAGACUCUGGACAGCCACGCCUUCAAACACCUGCCUUACCUCAAGCGGCUCUUCCUAUCUAACAACCCCGUGCGGGACAUCUCCAUUGGCAUGGCCACAGCGAUCAACGAGCUCACGUCCCUGGAAGAGCUGGACCUCUCCCAGACUGACAUCGAGCGCCUGCCUAACCACUUCCUCUCUAACCUCAGGAGACUGAAAGUGUUGACGUUGGCAGGGAACAAAUUUUCAUCAGUACCCUCCAGCGAGCUCAAAUUUGCCCGAACCCUCCAAGAGCUCAACCUGAACGCCAACCCCAUCACCAGGAUCGACGCCGGGGACUUCCCAGAGGGCCUGUACUCGCUGCGCAUUCUGCAGUUGUCGGCGCUGCCAAGGCUACGAAGUGUCGGUCAGCAGGCCUUCUCCAGUAUCUCGAGUCUCCAAGUGCUGCACCUCUCAGACAACCCUAACUUCGCCGUCAUUGAUGAAGCGGCCUUCCUGGUACUGCCCGGCAAGGAUCUGGCGCUGCAGGAGAUCCACCUUCAGGACAACCGCCUCAGCACCCUGUCGGAGAAAAUGCUGCCGUGGCUGGAUCUGCUGUUCGUGGACCUACAGAACAACCCGUGGGAAUGUGAUUGUAAUGCCAAGUGGAUUGCAGAGAAGCUCAUUCCCGACCUGGAAGACAAAAACCCGCAGACCACUCUUUCCAUCUUGUGCGCCAGACCCAUUGCUGAUCGUGGCAUGAAGAUGGUGGAUCUCCUGGAACAUUCACACUCCUUCCAGUGCCACGCGCCGGAGCCCUUUGUGAGGCAAGAGGGCAGGUACGGACCCCUCAUCGUCGGCACCAUCGUCGUAGGCACCGUCCUCCUCAUCACUGGCACCCUAGUCUUCGUCUUCGUGCUCUACAGGCGGUCUCGAGAACACCAGCUCUUCGGUGAGCGAGUCAAGUACAGGCGAGCACAAGACGAGGAGGAAGAGGGCGUAUCACACACUGUUAACUCCUAGACCCUCCCAUUCCUCCCCGCCCAGACUUGCUCACCCACACCUGUCCGCUCGAGCCACACCCUCACCUGCCGCCCCUAACCACAUGCCCGAUCUCUUCCCCUGGAGUGCAAAGCCUAUUCAUAUAGAAGGCAACCUAAUGUAGCUAUUUUUUUUUUUUUUCCGCACUUUAGAUCCCGCCCCGUGUUGUUCUAUCUUGAUUUGUACGCUACAUCUGUGGUAGUCAGGAGUUUUGCCAUCUUGUACACCAGCUCUCCAGUCCCUUCCUUCCCGUCCCGUCCCGUCCCGUCCCGUCCCUUCCCCUACUACCAUACACUGAUUGUACCUGCAUAUAUGUACCACACCUUUGCAACCCCUCACACGAUCACGUACACAUAUUCAGACGCACAUGCACACACAGACGCGCGCGCGCACACACACACACACACACACACACACACACACACACACACACACACACACACACACACACACACAUAGAAACAAAACUGCCUUAUCCUUGCUUCACCCGAUCCAUAGUUCACAGACACACAGACACACACACACACACACACACACACACACACACACACACACACACACACACACACACACACACACACACACACACACACACACACACACACACACACACACACACACACACACACACACACAGAAAACUGCCUUAACCUUGCUUCACCCGAUCCAUAGUACACAGACACAGACACAAACACACACACACACACACACACACACACACACACACACACACACACACACACACACACACACACACACACACACACACACACACACACACACACACACACACACACACCUUUAAAUGUUCUCUUGGAUGUUUGAUUACAUUAUUUUGCUCUGUCUCCUAACACAUAGACAAAACAAACAUGUCGGCAUCUAAGUACAACGCCGGAGGAACACUAAGGACUCAAGGUUAUCCUACUAGCGUGUAACAACUAGUGAGAAAAGUUUACCUGAAAAAAAAUUAUGUGUCCGUAACAGUACCUCAAAGUCUUUUGCUCACAACUCACUCAGUAAUGUUUUGGCCGUGAUGAGAUGCAGUGUUACGUUCUCUUUGGUUAGAAUAUUACCAAGCGUGUUAACCAGAAAUCAAUACCGUGUCUUCCAUCCCUUAGCUUUACGAUAACUGCCGGCUUCCUCGUUACAGUCUGAUGAAGCUCAUGCAGGUAUGACGAAUUAAAGGGCAUCGUAUUUCUUUCAUCUUCCCUUACCGUCCUCCCACAUACAAAGGAAGCCAUGGUGGUAUUCCUAACGGAUAGAUUAUAAAAUAAGAGGGCAUCGGUAGCGUUUAAAAGCAGAAUUAAGUGGAAAUGAUUAAAGCUUAUUCAUUUCUCACUCGAAAAAAAAAAAAAAUGUGAUUAUAGACGUUGAGGUUCCUGACUGUACUUGUUGUCAUGUUAUAGAUUCAAUACUGCAGGACAUUAGUAGCUGACAGGGCCCUUAGUUAUCUGCGCUACAGAUAGAACAGAUAACGUCAAGCGGCGAGCAGAUUACAAACGAAGAAUUAAAUGUAAUGAAGCAACAAUCCAGGAAUGGUAGCAGAAACUUCAAAUGAAAGCAAGAAAAACAAAAACGUGUGCUAAGGAGGGUGAGCAACAACAGAAGGGCUGAGGAGAGAUGAGUGAAGGGUUAGAGUAAUUUAUUCUGCUUUGGAUUCAUUGAAGCUAAUGGUGAUGAUGAUAAUGAUAAUGAUGGUGAGUUACCUUUGUGCUUCACCUCAGAGUACAAGCGAAGGUGUACUAAUGAGCGAGUCAGCAAGACAAUACAAAAGAAUAAUUGCUCAGUAAUUAGUUCCCUCUUCCGUCUGUAGCGAUGAAUCAAAGCCAUUACACACACACACAUAAUCACACACACACACACACACACACACACACACACACACACACACACACACACACACACACACACACACACAGACACGCUCUCUUAUGGGUCUCGUGACAUGCAUUAAAAGAUUCGUGUGUAUAAUAAUAGUCAGCUUGUAUGUGUAAAUAUAUAAUUAUACUUUAGACAGAGGACAGUAUCUAGUGUAUAAAACCAGUAUGUGCGUGUGUGACUUCGUGUAUAACGCGGCGACGCUUUCCUUCCUACGUGCCAUACAUACAUGAGUUACCGUGACUUAAGUUUAUAUAUAGAGAGCUGAAAGUUUGAAGAGUAUUUUAUAUCUAUGGAUAUUUGUAUACUUCUUGUACCAUUAAUGGCGACGUGUGUUUAGUAGCAUCAAAUCAAACCCUGCAGGCUAUAGUAGUGGUGACCAGGGAGCCUUAGGAUAAUAAAGUUGAAGGAUGACGUUC